AUGGCAUCCCGAAAAAAGGGGCUUUCUUUGGAAGAAAAGCGUGCCAAGAUGUUGGAGCUAUUUUACGAAAGUCAAGAAUUUUUUCAAAUGAAAGAAUUGGAAAAGAUCGCACCGAAACAAAAGGGUGUAAUAGCGCAGUCGGUGAAAGAAGUAACUCAGUCAUUAGUCGAUGAUGGUUUAGUGGAAUGCGAAAAAAUAGGCACCUUUGUUUGCUACUGGGCAUUUCCCUCAAAAGCAUUGCAAUCUAGAAAACGGAAGCUGAAAGAUCUCGAAGAAUCAGUCCGUGAUUUGGAGGCGAAAAUUAAAGAUGGUACGGCGCAGUUAAAGGAGCAGAGGAAGGGGAAGGAGGACUCGAAGGAACGCACUCAGCUUUUGGAACUUCAUGCGAAACUCUUGGAGGAAGAAAAUGAGUUGAGUGGUCGUCUCGCUCAGUAUGCCGAAUAUGAUCCUGAGGUCAUUGCUCAGGUAAAGCAACGAACGGAAAAAGCACGCGAUGAGGCUAAUCGAUGGACAGAUAACAUAUUUUCCAUAAAGAAGUGGUGUAAAACAAAAUUUGGAAUGGAUGAAAAGGUCCUCAAUCAGCAGUUUGAAAUACCGGAGGACCUUGACUAUGUAGAGUGA